AGAAAACUACUGCAAUCGAGCACAAUUCAUGGGAUUUGGAGACGUGCCAAAAUGUCAAAAUGGUAAAUUCGGCUUUGGAAUCGCAUCGAGCCCCUUACCUGAAACAGUUUAGAAUCUGUUUUUACAUAAAUAAGUCAGCACAAAGCACAGUCACUAAAUGGCUCGAAUUUGUGUGGUCGAGACAAGUUGAGAGAUUGGAGUUGAGAUUUUUAUGCCGUAGUCAAAAUCGAACAGUUGUGUUAGAAGAUAUGUUGGGAGGGAUGAGACCUAUGAAAUAUCUAAGGGAAUUGUGUUGGAUAAACAUGAAAGUGAGCGGUGAAGAUAUCUCCUUGUUCCUAAGAAAUUGCCCCUUGUUGAGGAAGCUGACGGUCAUAUCCUCAAAUUUGACAUCUGAUGUUCAUGUAUGCGGCCAAACCCUCAUGUUGGAGUAUCUUCAACUACAUCAUUGUGUCCUUAGCAGCGAAUCAUCGCUUAUUAACAUUUCUGCUCCACAUCUUUCUGAAGUUAAGAUCGGUGCAUCUCCGGGACAGUUAUGGUUCAAGAAUGUUCCAAAACUUGUUGUGGCAACAUUUUUGCACCAUUUUGCUUUUCAAGUCUCUUGCAUUACUUCCCAACUCCACAAACUUACCUUGUCUGUCUCAUACACCGAGAGCAUUUUGGCAAAUAGCUUUCCUCAAAUGCCUAAUCUUAAGGAAUUAAUCAUCAGAGAUAGCUCAUUGUAUAAGCAUGGCUAUCUCGUGGGAGUAACAUCUAUGAUAAAAGCAUGUCCUCGUCUUCAGAAAUUCAAGUUCAAGUUCCUUGACAAAUUUAAAGAUGAAACACCAGAAGCUGAAAGAUGCCCGCACCAACGUCUCGAAAUCUUAGAGUUUCGAGGGUCUUCUGCGAGCAAUAUCAUCCAAUCAAUGACGUAUAUUUGCGACGAAUUUCAGAAAUACAAUACUUGUGCUCCGGUUAUGAGCGAGGCUGAGGUACAAGCUCAUAGGGACCAUCUUAAGCAACUUAAAGCCAAAUUAUCUAAUCAAUUUCGCCUCUGUUUUUUUAAGGUUAAAUGCUAGCUAGUACUACUAUACUUCUAUUUUAUCACCUUUCCUAUGUACUGAUUUUUUUUUGUGAAUUUUCAGAGUUUCGUUCAAUACUUUGUUGGCUUGUUUUGAUUCUCUAUGUUACCAAAUUUUCAAUACAUGUGUAUUUUAAAUAGUACUACUAGUAUUAAA